GCGGACCGACCCGCCGGCAGUUGGCACUGGGGACGCUGGCGCGUCGGUCGCUUCGCUCUCCCGCCGGCAGCCUCGGGCGCCUGGAGCCAGCGGUCCAGGCGGCGGCGCCGCGCAGGGGGCCGGGAUCGGGCGGCAGGAGGCUGCAAGGCGGGAGUCGGCGGCGGCGGAGGAGGCGGAGGCCGGCCGGAGCCCCGAUCGCGCCCCAGCCUCGCUUGCAGCCCAGAGCUCGGGGCUCGGCGCCCGCCCGGCCCACAGCCACAUGGCUCCUCUCUGCGCGCGGCUGUCCUGCCUGUUGCUCCUGCACUGUGCGCUCUGCGCCGCCGCGGGCAGCGGGACUGAAGAGCUGCGCUUCUCAAGAAAACUCAGUGACUAUGGCGUGACAGUACCCUGCAGCACAGAUUCUCAGGGACGCUUCCUCUCCCAUGUGGUGUCCGGACCAGCGGCAGCCUCCGCAGGGAGUAUGAAGGGGGACGGGCCGCCCUCACCACUGUCACACUCCAGUCGCCUGCGGGUGGCUCGAAGCCCACUGCGCCCUGAAGGCAUGACCCUGCAGCCUGGCAGGGUGGGGCGCUCCUCCCUGUACUUCAAUGUCACUGUGUUCGGGGAGGAACUGCACUUACACCUGCGGCCCAACCGGCGGCUGGUUGUGCCUGGAGCCUCAGUGGAGUGGCAGGAGGAUUUUCAGGAGCUGUUCCGGCAGCCCUUGCAGAGAGAGUGUGUCUACACCGGGGGUGUCACGGGCAUGCCAGGGGCAGCUGUCGCCAUCAGCAACUGUGAUGGAUUGGCCGGCCUCAUCCGUACGGACAGCACCGACUACUUCAUCGAGCCCUUCGAGCGCGGGCAGCGGGAGAUGGAGGCCGGCGGGAGGAAGCAUGUGGUGUACCGGCGGGAAGUCGUCAGGCAGCCACGGACAGAGCCGCUCGAGGACCUUCACAAUGAAGCUUUUGGCCUGGGUGACCUUCCUAAUCUGCUGGGCCUGGUGGGGGACCGGCUAGGAGAAGCAGAGCGGAAGCGGCGACACGCCACUCCGGGCAGCUACAGCAUCGAGGUGCUGCUGGCGGUGGACGACUCGGUGGUGCGCUUCCACGGCAAGGAGCACGUGCAGAACUACGUCCUUACCCUCAUGAAUAUCGUGGAUGAGAUUUACCACGAUGAGUCCCUGGGGGUCCACAUAAACAUCGCCCUUGUCCGCUUGAUCAUGGUUGGCUACCGACAGUCGCUGAGCCUGAUCGAGCGUGGGAACCCCUCUCGCAGCCUGGAGCAGGUGUGUCGCUGGGCCCACUCUCAGCAGCGCCAGGACCCUGGCCAUGCAGAGCACCACGAUCACGUCGUCUUCCUCACUCGGCAGGACUUCGGACCCUCAGGUAUGCAAGGGUACGCGCCUGUCACCGGCAUGUGCCACCCCCUGAGAAGCUGUGCCCUCAACCACGAAGACGGUUUCUCCUCGGCCUUCGUGGUGGCCCAUGAGACUGGCCACGUGCUCGGCAUGGAGCAUGACGGCCAGGCCAACGGCUGUGCGGAUGAGACCAGCCUGGGCAGUGUCAUGGCGCCCCUGGUGCAGGCCGCCUUCCACCGCUUCCACUGGUCUCGCUGCAGCAAGCUGGAGCUCAGCCGCUACCUCCCCUCCUACGACUGUCUCCUUGACGAUCCCUUUGCGCCUGCCUGGCCUCAGCCCCCGGAGCUGCCUGGCAUUGACUACUCAAUGGAUGAGCAGUGUCGCUUCGACUUUGGCACCGGGUACCACACCUGCUCGGCGUUCAGGACCUUCGAGGCCUGCAAGCAGCUGUGGUGCAGCCACCCCGACAACCCAUACUUCUGCAAGACCAAGAAGGGGCCCCCGCUGGACGGGACUGAGUGCGCACCAGGCAAGUGGUGCUUCAAAGGUCACUGCAUCUGGAAGUCGCCGGAGCAGACUUAUGGCCAGGAUGGAGGCUGGAGCUCCUGGACCAAGUUCGGGUCGUGUUCACGGUCCUGUGGGGGCGGGGUUCGAUCCCGUAGCCGGAGCUGUGACAAUCCCCCCCCAGCUUACGGAGGCCGCAUGUGCUCAGGGCCCAUGUUCCAGUACCAGAUCUGCAACAGCGAGGAGUGUCCGGGGCCCUAUGAGGACUUCCGGGCCCAGCAGUGUGCCAAGCGCAACUCCUACUAUGUCCACGAGAACGCCAAGCACAGCUGGAUCCCCUAUGAGCCGGACGAUGACGCCCAGAAGUGUGAACUGAUCUGCCAGUCAGAGGACACAGGGGACGUGGUCUUCAUGAACCAGGUGGUCCAUGAUGGGACUCGCUGCAGCUACCGGGACCUGUACAGUGUCUGUGCCCGCGGCGAGUGUGUGCCUGUCGGCUGUGACAAGGAAGUGGGGUCCAUGAAGGCCGAUGACAAGUGUGGGGUCUGUGGUGGCGACAACUCCCACUGCAGGACUGUGAAGGGGACACUGGGCAAGGCCUCCAAGCAGGCAGGGGCUCUCAAGCUGGUGCAGAUCCCAGCAGGUGCCAGGCACAUCCAGAUUGAGGAGCUGGAGAAGGUCCCCCACCACAUUGCGGUGAAGAACCAGGUCACAGGCAGCUUCAUCCUCAACCCCAAGGGCAAGGAAGCCACGAGCCGGACCUUCACCGCAAUGGGCCUGGAGUGGGAGUACGCGGUGGAGGAUGCCAAGGAGAGCCUCAAGACCAGCGGGCCCCUGCCCGAAGCCGUCACUGUCCUGGUGCUCCCCCCAGCUGAAAGCGGCCCCCGCAGCAGUCUGGCCUACAAGUACAUCAUCCACGAGGACCUGCUGCCCCUCAUCGGGAGCAACAACGUGCUCCUGGAGGAGACAGACACCUACGAGUGGGCACUCAAGAGCUGGGCGCCCUGCACCAAGGCCUGCGGAGGAGGGAUCCAGUUCACCAAAUACGGCUGCCGGCGCCGACGAGAUCACCACAUGGUCCAGCGGCACCUGUGCGACCACAGGAAGAGGCCCAAGCCGAUCCGCCGGCGCUGCAACCAGCACCCGUGCGCCCAGCCAGGGUGGGUGACGGAGGAGUGGGGCACCUGCAGCCGGAGCUGUGGGAAGCUCGGGGUGCAGACUCGGGGGGUGCAGUGCCUGCUGCCCCUCACCAACGGUACUCACAAGGCCAUGCCGGCCAAGGCCUGCCCCGGGGAGCGGCCUGAGGCCCGUCGGCCCUGCCUCCGCGUGCCCUGUCCACUCCAUUGGAGGACAGGAGCCUGGUCCCAGUGCUCUGUCACCUGCGGAGAGGGCAUCCAGCAGCGGCAGGUGGUGUGCCGGACCAACGCCAACAGUCUGGGGCAGUGUGAGGGGGCCAAGCCGGAUACGAUCCAGGCCUGCAGCCUGCCUGCCUGCGGAGGAAAUCUCCAGAACUCCACAGUGAAGGCUGAUGUCCGGGAACUUGUGACCCCAGAGGGGCAGUGGGUGCCACAGUCUGGGCCUCUGGAUCCCAUCAACAAGAUAUCAUCCACGGAGCUCUGCGUGCGGGACAGGUCCAUCUUCUGCCGGACCGAAGAGCUCGAUCGCUACUGCUCCAUCCCCGGCUUCCACCGGCUGUGCUGCGAGUCCUGCACCAAGAAGGCCUUGAGCCUAGACCCUGGCCUGGCCUCACCACCACCCUUCUCCACUCCUGGGAGCCCCUUCUCAGCACCCGUGGCCCCUCCAGAUGCUGUGGAGCCCUCUGUGGGGCCAACGGGAUCAGACCACCAUCAGCGAGACCAACCCACGCUGCUCCCAGGACCUCUGGGCACAAGCGCCCCCGUGACCCGAAGCUACUUUGCUCCCCAGAAACCAACCCCUACGACAUUCCGGGGCACUUCCCCGAGUGCCCCCUGGGGCUGGACCGGGGCCCCUACCCCAGCCUCUGAAAACAAAGGGCUGCUCAGGGAAGACCCGAAGCACCCAGGCACCAGCCUUCCCUCCACAGCCCCAGUGACAUGAGCCCCGCCUCGCCCUUCCCACCAGUCAAGUUUACAAUCUCUGUGCUGCCCCGAGACCCCUGGCUCAGAGGACACACAGCGGGGUGGGGGCCUGCACGGACUGCCUUUUAAAUUAUUUGCCUUCUUGUCGUUCUAGUUUGGGGCUGUGACACUUUUCACCCUGUGAAAUGGGUGUAUGAGGAAGAAAAAGAUCAGGGAAAGUCCUAACCGGAGAUACCUCAGCAAGCAGCCCAGGUGACCGCACCGAACCUCUCAGGGGCUCCUGUCUGUCUCUCCUGCAGGGACUGAGGGCCUGCUACCACCCCUUGCUCACCCCCGGCCACCGGGCCCCACACUGGAUCUGUUUGCCAGGACUUAUGAGGACCCCGGUGGAGGCCCUGUCUGCUGGGCCCCUCUGCCCAGAGAGGCAAAGGUGGAGGGAACACUCGCAGGUGGUCUGAGAGGAAGCGGGCUGGGGGAAUUCAGCUACAGGCCUAGCAUGCAAGUUCAUCUCGGACUCAGCUCUUUGUAGCAAGAGCUCCACACAGCUCCUCCGGCCAAGGCCAAGGAGCAGAGUCCAGCUUGAGUGUGCUGGUGGGAGGACAGUGUCGGGGGCCACCUCUGGACCUGCAGGAGGCAUGUCCUGUGACUUCUGGUGCCUCCAGGUUACAGGUGGGCUCCUAACCUCACCCCAGCCCCCACCCCCGAGAAGUGAGCUCUGGACAGCCUCGAGUAUGUGUCCUCACCAUCCAGGGGAUUCCCAACUGGUGCUAGACCCCUGGCUGGACCAGGAAUGGCAACUGUGGUCAUCGCUUUGGUGCAUGAAGGGAGCGCGGCCUGGAAGGUGACUUGGUGGGGCAUGCAGAGACGUGAGUUCUCAGGCUGAGCCCCAUCCGCUGUUGCCCUCUAUCAAAGACCACUCCUGCUGGAGUCAGGGUCUUCUCUCACCUGGCUUAAGCUGGGCCAGAGGUGUAUUUGUGGUGCUGGGUAGGGGUAGGAGGGUGACCAGACUCCAAGGCUGAGGACCAGAGUCCACCCAUAGCCAGACUCUGGGGUUGACAAGGGCCAGGUGCCCCAGGGCAGGACGUGAGCCUCUGCCUCAUGGAGACACUGGCCCACUGUGCUGUAGGGCCUCAGCUGUACCCGCCCCCCAUGUUACCUCCAAUGGCAGGUAACUUCCCUGGACCCUCUGGCUCUCUGGAAGCCACCCAGUUCCCAGGACCUUUCCCAAGGGUCCUCACUCUGAGGCAUGUACUCUGAGGACCCCCAGACCCCUCAGCAGGCCGUAAGGUGCUGGCCAGUUCUUAUGUUCCCAGGGCAAAGGGGCCAUUCUGAGCCAGGCUAGAGGAAUAGGGACAGUGGGCCCCAGCCUGAAACCCCCUGGAGAAUGGAGGCCCUAGAGGGGCUCCCCAGGUGCCCUCUCCACCUGCUGCCUACCCCCUCCCAGGGAAGCUGGGACACACACUGAACCAUUCCUGUGCGACCCAGCCCACCUGUAUCAAGUGCCUUUGAGAUCGAGAUCUUUAAAUUUUUAUGUAUUUAUUAACAUUGUCCUUGGUGUUUGUUUUGGACUCGA